AUGAAACUCCAAAGCUUCUUUAGCUCUAUAUUGAUUUUCUUCACUACCAUCUUCUUACUUGUACAAACUCCUCAUCCGGUUUCAGCUAACCAGUCUAAUCACGUCGGUUUUCUCCAAUGUCUAUCCUUCCGGUUAAACGACACCAACAUCGUCUCAAAAGUCAUACACACACUAAACGACUCUAAUUUCUCCUCACUUUUAGCUUCAUCAAUACAAAACCCAAGAUUCUCCACUCCUGAUACACCUAAACCGAUUCUAAUCCUUACUCCGGUUCAACCUUCCGAUGUUCAAUCGGCGGUUAAGUGCUCACGCCGGUACGGCAUCCACGUCAGAACCCGUAGCGGAGGACACGACUACGAAGGCCUAUCUUACGUUACCCACAACAAGCCCUUCGUCGUCCUCGAUUUAAGAAACCUCCGGUCCAUCACAAUCGACGUCAAUAACCGGACGGUUUGGGUCCAAACCGGAGCCACGAUCGGGGAAUUAUACUACGAAAUCGGUAAAAAGAGUCGAACUUUAGGCUUCCCCGCCGGAGUUUGCCCCACCGUCGGCGUCGGAGGACACUUCAGCGGCGGAGGAUACGGGACUCUGCUGAGAAAACACGGUUUAGCCGCCGAUCACGUGAUAGACGCGCUUGUGGUCGACGCGCGAGGGAGGAUUCUCGAGAGGCGAGAGAUGGGUGAAGAUUUCUUCUGGGCGAUUCGCGGAGGCGGUGGAUCGAGCUUCUGCGUUGUCCUUUCAUGGAAGAUUCGUCUAGUCGACGUUCCGUCAACAGUAACCGUCUUCAACGUCACCAAAUUCUCGGAACAGAGCGCUUUGAAAAUCAUCCACCAAUGGCAAUUCGUCUCCGAUAAAGUCUCUGAUGAUUUAUUCGUACGAGUCAUGUUGCAGAGAUACAAGAACGUGGUUCGAGCUUCGUUUCCGGGACUGUAUCUCGGUCCGGUUAACAAUCUAUUGCGAUUGGUAAACCGGGAAUUUCCGGAAUUGGGUUUGGUUAAAGAAGACUGUAAAGAGAUGAGCUGGAUCGAGUCUGUGGUUUGGUUCGCCGAGUUAGGAGAAGUACCGACCGAUGUUCUUCAGAGACGCACGCGUGCUUCGCUAGCUUUCAAGGCGAAAUCUGAUUUUGUUCAAGAGCCAAUGCCAGAGAUCGUGAUUUCGAAGAUGUGGAAGAGAUUGCAAGAACCGGAAGCAGAGCUUGCUCAGCUGAUCUUCACUCCAUUCGGUGGUAAAAUGAGUGAGAUUGGAGAUUACGAGACGCCGUUUCCGCAUCGUGGAGGGAAUAUGUACGAGAUUCAGUACUUGAGUUACUGGAGAAGAGAGGAAGGAGAAGAGAAGGAGAAGUAUAUGAGAUGGGUGGAGAGAGUUUACGAUGAGAUGAGUGAGUUUGUGGCGAGGUCUCCGAGAGGAGCUUAUAUAAAUCUAAGAGAUCUUGAUUUGGGGAUGUAUGUUGGAGAUGAUAAGAGGAGUAAGUACGAGGAAGGGAAGAGCUGGGGAGUGAAGUAUUUUAAGAACAAUUUCGAGAGGUUGGUGAGAGUGAAGACGAGUGUUGAUCCUUUUGAUUUCUUCUGUGAUGAACAGAGCAUUCCAACUUUUAGAUCUGUUGAAGUUAUUUGA